AUGCAGCACACAGCACCAUGUAUGAUCGUGCUGUUAAUACUUUCUUUGAGAACCUCCAUGGCUGAUGAUUGUAGCACUGGAAAUGGUGGCUCUCAAUUUGCAUCUACCAUCGUCGUGGACAAGUCUGGUAAUGGAAACUUCAACUCGAUUCAAUCUGCCAUCAAUUCCAUUCCUUCGAACAAUGAUCAAUGGAUCAAAGUCCGAAUUAAUCCUGGUGUCUACACGGAGAAGGUGGUUAUUCCGAGAGAUAAGCCUUGUAUUGUUCUUGAAGGACAGGAUCGAAGUGUCACAACGAUUACCUUUAACGCCCAUGAUAGAACAGAUACGAGUUGUACUUUCAUUUCCGUUGCUGACUACAUAGUUGCAAAGGGCAUCACUUUCAAGAACUCGUACAAUCAUCUGUUGCUGCUAGAACGUCUCUCUAGCGAAGGACCAGUUCCCGGUGUAUCACAGGCAGUUGCAGCAAGAAUUUUAGGCGACAAAUCAGCAUUUUUUCAGUGUGGUUUCUUGGGGUUGCAAGAUACGUUGUGGGAUGCGAUAGGCCGCCAUUACUUCUACCAAUGCCAUAUUGAAGGAGCCGUGGAUUUCAUCUUCGGUGAUGGCCAAUCUCUCUAUGAGGACUGUUCGAUAAAUGUUACUGCUGGUGCAUUUUCUUCACAAAUUCCUCUAGGUUAUAUAACAGCUCAGGGCCGGCAAUCAUCAGAUGGUCCUAGUGGUUUUGUGUUUAAGCAAGGCAAAAUCUUUGGCACUACGCAAUCUUAUCUGGGAAGAGCCUAUGGUCCUUAUUCUAGAGUAAUAUUUCAGGAGACAACAAUGAAUGCAGAGGUGUUCUCUGAAGGGUGGGAUGCCUGGAGAUACCAUGGAAAAGAAGAAAAUUUUAUGUAUGCUGAGGUGAAUUGCCAAGGACCAGGAUCUGACACUUCCAGGCGUGUUCCAUGGGAAAAGAAGCUCAAUCCAUCCCAACUGAACCAAUUCUCAAGAUCAUCUUUCAUAGACAAUGAUGGAUGGAUUGGCAGAUUGCCAUGA